GGAGCCAAUCGCAGGCGGCGCAGGGUGACGCUUCGACAUGGCGGCUGCGGUCGGGCGGUCGGGGGACGUGUCGGGCUGCUGGGUGUCCUCGGUCGGUGGCCCGUGAGCGGAGCGGCUGCCUCAUUAGUAUUCGCACCCGGGAGGCGGCGCACGGGCCCUCGGGGGACAGCGAGCGAGGCGGCCAUGGCUUAUCACUCGGGCUACGGAGCCCAUGGCUCCAAGCACAGGGCCCGGGCAGCUCCAGAGCCCCCACCCCUCUUCGAUGACACAAGUGGUGGAUACCCCAGCCAGCCGGGGGGCUACCCAGCCCCAGGAGCCGAGGUGGCCUUCAAUGUCAACCACUUGCUUGGGGACCCGAUGGCCAACGUGGCCAUGGCCUAUGGCAGCUCCAUCGCAUCCCACGGGAAGGACAUGGUGCACAAGGAGCUGCAUCGCUUUGUGUCUGUGAACAAACUCAAGUACUUUUUCGCUGUGGAUACAGCCUAUGUAGCCAAGAAGCUGGGGCUGCUGGUCUUUCCCUACACGCACCAGAACUGGGAAGUGCAGUACAGUCGUGAUGUGCCUCUGCCCCCACGGCAAGACCUCAACGCCCCCGACCUCUAUAUCCCCACAAUGGCCUUCAUCACCUAUGUUCUGCUGGCCGGGAUGGCUCUGGGCAUUCAGAAAAGGUUCUCCCCCGAGGUGCUGGGCCUGUGUGCCAGCACGGCACUGGUGUGGAUCGUGAUGGAGGUGCUGGCCCUGCUCCUGGGCAUCUACCUGGCCACCGUGCGCAGCGACCUGAGCACCUUCCACCUGCUGGCCUACAGUGGCUACAAAUAUGUGGGGAUGAUCCUCAGUGUGCUCACGGGGCUGGUGUUUGGCAGUGACGGCUACUACGUGGCGCUGGCCUGGACCUCCUCUGCACUCAUGUACUUCAUCGUGCGCUCUCUGAGGACAGCAGCCCUGGGCCCCGACAACAUGGGGGGCCCGGCCCCUCGGCAGCAGCUCCACCUCUACCUGACUCUGGGGGCGGCGGCCUUCCAGCCCCUCAUCAUUUACUGGCUGACUUUCCACCUGGUGCGGUGACCCCUGGCCCCACAGGCACCAAGCGUUUCCAUACAUUGAAGAUCUGGUUUCCCCGA